CCUCCCGGCUGCGGUCCUGCCUCCUCGAACUCCUCCGUGGUUCCUGGUCCAGCUCCCUCCAGCCCUUCGCCUCCUCACCUCGGUUAGGGAAUCCGCGGGGGCCGCGUCCCGCGACGUCUCCCAGGAGACGCCCUUUCCCUGUGCGCCCAGGACUUGGUGAAACUUUGCAGGCGCCCCCGGUGAGAUGGAUUUAAUGCGAGGCGUCUUGCUCCGGCUCUUGCUCCUGGCUUCCAGCCUCGGACCCGGUGCUGUGCAGCUCCGAGCAGCUCUCAGAAAACCAGGCAAGGUGGGGCCGCCUCUCGAUAUCAUGCUGGAGGCGUUGAACUGUACAGCUGUCAGCGUCCAGUGGAAGAUGCCAAGGCAUCCUGGGAGCCCCGUCAUGGGGUACACUGUCUUUUACUCUGAGGGCGGCGUAGAUAAAUCCCUGCAGGAGCGGUUGCACAGUGUGUCGCUCGACCUGGAUGCCCCGACCACCGAACGAUUGGAUCAUCAGAUGACUUUUGAGGAAGUGAUCGGAGAUUUGAAACCAGGCACUGAAUACCGAGUGAGCGUGGCAGCUUACAGCCAGACUGGCAAAGGGCGGCUUAGCUCUCCUCAGCAUAUUACCACCUUGCCUGAAGAUUCCUGUCUGCCUCCAACAGCACCCCGAGAGCUACACGUCACCAUGGUUUCUGAUGCCGAGGUGGCCUUAUCUUGGAAACCUGGAGAGAGUGAAGGAAGCUCCCCUGUUCAGUACUAUUCUGUGGAAUUCAUCAGGCCAGAUUUCGACAAGAGUUGGACCUUAAUCCAAGAGCAGAUCCGGAUGGAUUCCAUGGUUAUCAAGGGCCUCGAUCCGGAUACCAACUACCGGUUUGCGGUGAGGGCUGUGAAUCCCCACGGCCCCAGCGCCCGCAGCCAGCCCAGCGACACCAUCCGAACCGCCCGCCCCGAGGAGUCAGGAAGCGGCCGCUAUGGACCCCAUUAUAUAACCGACACAGAGGUCAGCGAGGAUGAUGAUACGUUUGAAGACGACUUAGAUUUGGAUAUAUCCUUUGAGGAGGUUAAACCCCUUCCUGCUAUCCAAGCACGGAAUAAGAAGUUUUUAAUGGACUCCAAGAUGGCACCCAGAUCGAACGCGAUGGCCGUUUCUAGGCUUGUCCCCCCCAGCCCAGCAUCUCUCCCCACUGCGGCGGUGGCUCCCCAGCCUACUCCAGUGCGGAGGAAAGGGAAGACUGGUGUGGCUGUGAUGCCGAGGCUUUUUGACACGUCUUGUGAUGAAACUCUCUGCUCUGCUGACAGCUUUUGUGUCAAUGACUACACCUGGGGGGGCUCUCGAUGCCACUGCAACCUGGGCAAAGGUGGUGAGAGCUGCUCAGAAGAUAUUGUUAUACAGUAUCCUCAGUUCUUUGGUCAUUCCUAUGUAACCUUUGAACCUUUGAAGAACUCGUACCAGGCAUUUCAAAUUAUUCUUGAAUUUAGGGCAGAGGCGGAGGAUGGCUUACUGCUCUACUGCGGGGAGAACGAGCACGGGAGGGGGGAUUUCAUGUCCUUGGCCGUCAUCCGGCGCUCACUCCAGUUCAGGUUUAACUGUGGAACAGGGGCUGCCAUCAUCGUAAGUGACACCAAAAUCAAACUAGGGGCCUGGCACACAGUCCUGCUGUACAGAGAUGGGUUGGACGGGCUGCUGCAGCUGAACAACGGCACCCCAGUGACGGGCCAGGCCCAGGUGGGCUUUCAGGGCACGUGUCCACCCCACAUCUACCAAGGAAGAGGAUCGAAUUUGCCAGUAUCGUGGCCCUGGGUGCACAGGGACGUGCAGGAGGCCUUGUGCCUGGGGACUUGUUCUCUUUCUGCAAGGACAUCAAUGCCAGGGGAUGAAGGAAGGCCCACAUGGGAAGAACUGAAGCCAUUAUUGGUGCCAAACACAACGCUUACUAUUAAGGGCCAGUACAGUAAAAUUACCUUCCGGACGCCUCUCUAUCUUGGUGGGGCUCCCAGUGCCUACUGGUUGGUGAGAGCAACAGGGACAAACCGAGGCUUUCAAGGCUGUGUGCAGUCGCUCACUGUUAAUGGGAAGAGAAUGGACUUGAGGCCCUGGCCGCUGGGGAAAGCACUCAGCGGGGCUGAUGUGGGGGAAUGCAGCAGUGGAAUCUGUGAUGAAGCCUCCUGCAUCAAUGGUGGCACCUGCACAGCAAGCAAAGCCGACGCCUACAUUUGCCUCUGUCCCCUGGGAUUUAGAGGGCGACACUGUGAAGAUGCUUUCACCUUGACCAUUCCUCAGUUCAGAGAGUCUCUGAGGUCCUACGCUGCAACCCCCUGGCCGCUGGAAGCCCGGCAUUACCUUUCCUUCAUGGAGUUUGAGAUCACAUUUCGGCCGGACUCGGACGACGGUGUCCUCCUGUACAGCUAUGACACGGGCAGCAAGGACUUCCUGUCCAUCAACAUGGCAGGGGGCCACGUGGAGUUCCGCUUUGACUGUGGCUCUGGGACUGGUGUUCUCAGGAGUGAAGAGCCGCUCGCCCUGGGCCACUGGCACGAGCUGCACGUGUCUCGCACAGCGAAGAAUGGCAUCUUACAGGUGGACAAGCAGAAGGUAGUGGAGGGAAUGGCGGAGGGAGGCUUCACCCAGAUUAAGUGCAACUCGGACAUUUUCAUUGGUGGGGUCCCCAAUUACGAUGACGUGAAGAAGAACUCAGGCAUCCUCAAGCCAUUCAGUGGCAGCAUCCAGAAGAUCAUCCUGAAUGACCGGACCAUCCACGUGAAGCAUGACUUCACGUGGGGCGUGAACGUGGAGAACGCAGCCCACCCCUGCGUGGGGGCCCCCUGCGCCCACGGGGGCAGCUGCCGACCCAGGAAGGAGGGCUAUGAGUGCGACUGCCCCUUGGGCUUUGAGGGGCUGCACUGCCAGAAAGCCAUCACGGAAGCCAUCGAGAUCCCGCAGUUUAUCGGCCGCAGUUACCUGACCUACGACAAUCCAGAUAUCCUCAAGAGGGUGUCAGGAUCAAGAUCAAAUGCGUUCAUGAGGUUUAAGACAACUGCCAAAGAUGGCCUGUUGAUGUGGAGGGGAGACAGCCCCAUGAGACCCAACAGCGACUUCAUUUCUUUGGGCCUUCGGGAUGGAGCCCUGGUGUUCAGCUAUAACCUGGGCAGUGGCGUAGCAUCCAUCAUGGUGAACGGCUCAUUCAACGACGGUCGGUGGCACCGCGUCAAGGCCGUUCGGGAUAGCCAAUCAGGAAAGAUCACUGUGGAUGACUAUGGAGCCAGAACAGGCAAGUCACCUGGCAUGAUGCGGCAGCUCAACAUCAAUGGGGCUCUGUAUGUGGGCGGAAUGAAGGAAAUUGCUCUGCACACUAACAGGCAGUACAUGCGAGGCCUCGUGGGCUGCAUUUCUCAUUUCACCCUGUCCACCGAUUACCAUGUUUCCCUCGUGGAAGACGCCGUGGAUGGGAAAAACAUCAACACUUGUGGAGCCAAGUAACACCAGCUGGCCCUGCCCAAGGGACAGAGCCUUCUAUCCUGAGAAUCCCGGGGCCCCCGAGGCCCUGCCGGAUGCCACAUACAGAGGCACGGGGACCAGGUGUGUUUCCUCUCAUCAAGGAGCAAGUACACCCUGAUGGGAAACUGGGACUGGGACAGGAGUCCCUGGGUCGCCUUUCCUGCUGACGCUCUGUGGGCCAAACCCAACGGAAUGCUCUCUGUAGGAAGCAUUGGACCUUGUCCAUUGAAUGUGUAGUGGCCGCCAGAGAUCACACAUCACGGCGAGUUUCCGAGCCCGUCUGCUGUAGCUCAAUGACUGUGUUGUGAUUCAUAGUUCAUAAAAAAAAAAAAAAAGAAAAAAAAAGAGACCCAAAGGGCAGUAUUAAAAUACUUCUCUCUUCCCCUGACUCAUGACAGUCUUACUGACAGCAGAAUGACUGUAAGACCUUGAACCUCAAAUUUCUCACUUUGGCCCAUAAAUUACUACGAUUAACCCUUUCCCCUCCUCACUGUCUGGUUCGAUGUGCUCUGUCUAUGAAAGUAAGGAUGAAAGGAGACUAGAGAUAGAAUCAUAAUUAUAAAGCUGCCCCUCAAAAGUUUACCUUUAAUGAGAAAGCCCUACUUUUUAUAAUGCACAUCUAAGAAAACGGGCACCAUGAUUUUGUAGCUGUCCCUUUUGUAUGUGUAUAUUUUUAUAGCUACAGAUUGUCCACGCAGUAUACGUUUGCAAGUUUGGGUGGACGACCCUGAAUUCUUUGCACACUUCCUAAGAAUUUCCUCCCAAAGGAGACUUGUCUGGGCCCUUUGUGGCAUCAGCAGAGCGGAGUAGAUGACUUGGGGUGGGCACCUCGGGGAGCUGACUGUUCUCUCUUGGUAAAUGAUUGCUCAAGGAGGUGACUGUGAAGCUUCCAGAACAGGCGGAUGAAAAGGCACAUGUGUGACUAAGCUGGGUCACUGUCAUUUUGGUUUUCAGAGGUAGGGGGAUGUCUGUAGUAAACUUGAAUAAAGGAGGUGAAG